UUCACACACUCGGCGGUGGGCGCUUAGAGGAAGUAGUUUCCACCGAGUGGCAGGUCGCCUUCUUUUCUUGCAGGAUCGGAAGAGUGGUGGGAACCGGAAUCCCAGGUUCAGGCCUCCCAAGAGUGGAGCGGAGUAGAGGGACAGACAAGUGCACCCCAAACAACCUCCCAUCAGCAGCCUCCAGGAAACCUUGGAGGUCUUUCUUCUGUGAAAGCAACACUGCCCUCUGGAGGCUCAGCGGAUCCUGUGCGGGCAGUUUUGAAAUAGGCCACCAUCUCCUGGAUCAACAGACUUCACUUGGGAACGCAAUCAAGUAUAGACAUCUGAAGACCCUCGUGGGACCUAAACAAUGGCCUAUUACAUGGGUUCAGGAGCAGCAGCUCCCACUGAAAGACCAGCCGACGACUCUCUUGGACAACAGCGAAUCCCCAUUAAACACAACGUCUUUGAAAUUUUAAAAAGCAAGGAGAGCCAGCUAUGUGAUGUCCUCCAGAGUAAGUUUGGCUGUGUCUCUACCCUGAGCUGUCCGACUCUAGCAGAAAGCAGCUCUCCUGCUCAGAGGGUCUUCAGAAGGACACUGACCCCUGGGAUAGAGUUAUCUGUCUGGAAGGAUGACCUCACCAGACAUGUUGUUGAUGCUGUGGUGAACGCAGCCAAUGAAGACCUUUUGCAUGGAGGUGGUCUGGCCGGAAGCUUAGUGAAAGCUGGUGGCUUUGAAAUCCAAGAAGAAAGCAAAAGAUUGAUUGCCACCUAUGGUAAAGUUCCGGUUGGUGGAAUCGCUGUCACCGGAGCGGGAAGGCUUCCUUGCCAUUUGAUUAUCCACGCGGUUGGACCUCGGUGGACAGAAGUGAACAGCCAGACAGCUGUCGAAUUACUGAAACUUGCCAUUAGGAACAUUCUAAACUACGUUACCAAAGUUGACAUUCAGACAGUAGCAAUUCCAGCCCUGAGCUCUGGAAUUUUCCAGUUUCCUCUGGAUUUGUGUACAUGUAUAAUUUUAGAAACUAUCUGGCUUUAUUUCCAAGACGAGCAAAUGAGCAGUAGUUUGAGAGAGAUUCAUCUGGUGAGCAAUGAGGACCCCACUGUUGAGUCCUUUAAAUCUGCCUCAGAAAGCAUCCUAGGAAAGGAGCUGAGCUCUUGGGAGAGUCCAGAAACUAACCCUUCUUCCAGUGUGACUCUUCACAUAGGCCAGGGCCUCACUCUCCAGAUUGUCCAAGGCCGCAUUGAACUGCAAACAACAGAUGUAAUUGUUAAUUCCGGAUACAUGAAGGAUUUUAAAACAGGAUGCGUGGCACAGUCGAUUCUUAAACAAGCUGGGCUUGAAAUGGAAAGGGAACUUGACAAGUUUUACCUGUCCCCAGAUUAUCAAGUGGUACGGGUCACAAAAGGAUUUAAAUUGUCCUGUCGGUAUGUGUUCCAUGUGGCAUGGUGUUCCAACAUCCAUAAACACUGGACAUUGAAAGAUGCAAUGAAGUCCUGUCUGGAAAAAUGCCUUAAACCAGAUAUAAAUUCCAUUUCCUUUCCUGCUCUCGGGACAGGAAUGAUUGAUUUGGAGAAGAAUACAGCAGCGCAGAUAAUGUUUGAGGAAGUUUUUGCAUUUGCUAAAGAGCACAAGGAAAAAACGCUAACUGUAAAGAUUGUGAUCUUUCCAGUAGAUGUGGAAACAUACAAGGUUUUUUGUGCUGAAAUGACAAAAAGGUCGAACGAGCUGAAUCUCAGCAGUAAUAGUGGUGUUUUAGCCCUGCAGUGGACCAGAGGGGAGCAAAGAAGAGGCAGCUUUGAAGAUGGAUCUCCUGCCAUCAAUCUCAUGGGUGUAAACGUGGAAGACAUGUAUGAGGCCAAGGAGUGGAUUGAAAGGUUGCUGGCCUCUGAGGACCACCACAUCAUUGAGAAUAAUCAUAUUCUCUACCUUGGGAAGAAAGAGCAUGGUAUGCUGUCUGAGCUCCAGACAAGUUUAAGUGUCUCCAUUUCGGAGACUGUCAGUCCAAGAACAGCAACUGUAGAGAUUAAAGGUUCCCAGGCUGACCUCAUUGAAGCAGUUAUGAAGAUUGAAUGUAUGCUGUGUGAUGUUCAGGAAGAAGUGGCAGGGAAAAGGGAGAAGAGUCUUUGGAGCUUGUCAGGACAGGGGAUUUACCAGCAAGGAAAACUGGAUGAAAUGGAACAAUCAUACACAUUUCACCGAUACCCAGUGUCUUUAACUCAGGAACUUCAGGACCGAGAGAAACAGUUUGAAAAGUGUGGCUUGUGGGUUGUGAAGGUGGAACAGAUAGACAAUAAGAUGCUGCUGGCUGCCUUCCAAGAGAAGAAGAAAAUGAUGGAAGAGAGGACGCUAAGGGGAUCUGGGAGCCAAAGGUUGUUUCAGCAGGUCCCACAUCAGUUCUGCAAUGCGGUGUGCAGAGUUGGCUUCCACAGACUAUACUCGACAUCUUAUGACCCAGUUUAUGGAGCUGGCAUAUAUUUCACCAAGAGCCUCAAAAAACUAGCAGACAAGGUCAGGAAAACUUCUAACACAGACAAGCUAAUCUAUGUGUUUGAGGCAGAAGUACUCACAGGGUCCUUCUGUCAGGGUAAUUUCUCAAAUAUCAUCCCUCCGCCAUUGAGUCCUGGGGCCUUAGAUGUUCAUGACAGCGUCGUUGACAAUGUUUCCAACCCUGAAACCAUUGUUGUUUUUAAUGGCAUGCAGGCCGUGCCUCGGUAUUUGUGGACUUGUACACAGGAUAGGACAUUUUCACAGUAUCAUAUGUGGUCGCAGGGCUACUCAUCAGGGCCAGGAAUGGUCUCUUCGAUGCAGUCCUGGCAAAGGAUCUCAAAUGGCAGCCCUGUUUAACGACUGUAUCAUUUUAAGAAGCAGAAGAGUUUGAGAUAACUGACAAAAAUGAUGACUAACAGGUUAUCUGUUCAGAAUGACGGGGUCAGUAAAGGCACUGACCACACACUAGCAUCUUCGUGCCUUCGCCUUUACCUCUGGGCUUGAUUGGGCAGAUGCCAGCUAAAACUUCCUGUCUUUUCUACUUGACAUCUUUCAUCUCCUUUCCUAGGUGACAGCAAGAAUACUUUACAUAGAACAAGGAUAUUUUUUUUCAAGUCUGUUAUUUUCUAAAAUGAUAACACAAACUAGGACAACAGGAUGAUUUCAGGUUUUCUAUAUAAUUUUAUAAAGUGCUUUGGAUAUCCAAAUAAAUCACCUUGUCUGAGUAA